AUGGAUUCCAAUACUCAAUCUUGUGAAACCCCUGAAAUGAAAUCAAGUGAAGAGCACGGCCAAACCCAAGUUUCUCAACCCCCAUUCGCCACUGCUUCUCUUUCCUUAUCUUCCUUGCCCACAACCCUACCUACCCAGUUCUUCAUUCAACCCAAAACCUUACCUUUAUUCUCUUCUCAAUCACCCUCCAAAGUUAAAGUACCAACCCAAGCUUCCUCUCUUUCCACUCUCUCCCUUUCUUCAACUUCUCCUUCCCCUUACCAUUCCAAAUACUCAUUAAAAGCUACCUUUGCCAACAACCCUCUCCAAUCCCCUCUCUCCUUAGGUCCGCGCCGCCCUCUCGACCCUUCCAAUGGCGCUGCAAUUCGCCGAGCUUCCAUCGUUUGGUUCCGCAACGAUUUACGUGUCCACGACAACGAGUGUCUCGACACUGCCAACAAGGAGUCCAUGUCGGUUUUGCCAAUUUACUGUUUUGACCCACGGGAUUACGGGAAAUCCUCGUCUGGGUUCGAUAAAACGGGUCCAUACAGAGCCACAUUCUUGAUUGAAUCGGUUUCGGAUCUCCGAAAGAAUCUCCAAGCACGAGGGUCGGACCUUGUGGUUCGAAUUGGGAACCCGGAGAGUGUUUUGGUUGAAUUAGCUAAGGCUAUCGGGGCUGACGCUAUUUAUGCUCAUAGAGAAGUUUCUCAUGACGAGGUUAAGGCUGAGGAAAAGAUUGAGGCGGCCAUGAAAGAAGAAGGGGUUGAAGUUAAGUACUUUUGGGGAAGUACUUUGUUUCACGUUGACGAUUUGCCUUUUAAAUUAGAAGAUAUGCCUUCCAAUUAUGGUGGGUUUAAGGAGAAAGUGAAGGGCUUGGAGAUAAGAAAGACGAUCGAAGCAUUGGACCAAAUGAAAGGGAUGCCUUCCAGAGGUGAUGUGGAGACUGGAGAUAUUCCUUCAUUGGCAGAUUUGGGACUUAAUCCCACUGCCACAAUGGCUCAGGAUGGUAGGCGAUCUGUUAGUGCUACUAUGGCUGGAGGGGAGAAUGAAGCAUUGCAGAGGCUUAACAAAUAUGCAGCCGAGUGUCGAGCACAGCCAUACAAGUGGAGCAAGGAUGGUAGCCAGGGGAGCAUAUACGGUGCUAACUUUUCUUGCAAAAUAUCUCCAUGGCUAGCGAUGGGAUGCCUGUCUCCACGGUUCAUGUUUGAUGAAAUAAAGAAAACUGCAAAUAGGACCAUUUCUGCUACCUCAAAGAAAAGUGACGGCGGUAGUGGCUCACCUGAUACUCAAAUGAACUGGUUGAUGUUUGAGUUGUUGUGGAGGGAUUUCUUCAGAUUCAUCACCAAGAAAUACAGUCAUGCAAAGGUUGGAACAGCUCCGGCAACAGCUUGUACAGGUUCCCUUGCUUAAGCAAAGAAUUUGUACUGGUUUUGAGGAGAGGAUUUUGUUUUGGGAGUGAGGGUUGUUUGCUCAAAAGGCAGUCGUU